AUGGCGCGCAUGCGGAUGUCUUAUCUGAGAUCAGUGCUCAGUCAAGAUAUUGGAGCUUUCGACACUGAUUUGACCACUGCGAACAUCAUAGCUGGAGCAACCAACCACAUGAAUGUAAUACAAGAUGCAAUUGGUGAAAAGGUUGGUAUGCUCUCUGUGCUAGUUGUGCCUAUGCUCCUCAUGGUUGGAGCAACAUAUGCAAAGAUGAUGAUUGACAUGUCCCUCGAAAGAAUAUCGUUCGUCUCUGAAGCAACCACUGUUGUGCAACAGACUCUUGAAAAUAUAAAGACUGUCUUCUCAUUUGUUGGAGAAAACUCAGCUAUCAAAUCCUUCCACAAGUGCAUGUACAAUCAAUAUAGGCUUAGCAAGAAAGAGGCGAUGGCAAAAGGUCUAGGUUUAGGAAUGUUGCAGAUUGCAACAUUCUGUUCAUAUUCAUUGGUAAUCUGGGUUGGAGCAAUUGCUGUAACUGGAGGAAAAGCAAAAGCUGGUGAAACGAUUGCGGCUGUCAUUAAUGUCCUCUCGGGUGCAAUAUAUAUAUCAAAUGCAGCACCAGAUCUUCAGGUCUUCAGCCAAGCAAAAACUGCUGGGAAAGAAAUAUUUAAAGUUAUCAAAAGAAAUCCAGCAAUAAGUUAUGAAUCAAAUGGAAGAAUCUUGGAAAAUAUCAAAGGAGAUAUAGAAAUGCGAGAGGUGCACUUCGCGUAUCCAUCUCGUGAGGAUAAGCCAGUUCUCCAAGGUUUCUCACUGGCUAUACAGGCAGGCAAUAUUGUAGCUCUUGUGGGAAGCAGUGGAUGUGGGAAGAGCACAGUGAUUUCUCUGGUACAAAGGUUCUAUGAUCCCAUAACAGGUACGGUUCUCAUUGACAAUAAAAACAUUAAAGAACUUGAUCUGAAAUCGCUGCGGAGAAAUAUAGGCUCAGUCUUCCAAGAGCCAUCACUAUUUUCUGGGACCAUCAUGGAUAACUUAAGAAUUGGCAAAAUGGAUGCAACUGAUGAAGAGAUAAUUGAAGCAGCAAAGACAGCUAAUGUGCACUCUUUUAUAUCCAAACUUCCAAACCAAUACGCUACUGAGGUGGGAGAAAGAGGUGUACAACUAUCAGGAGGUCAGAAACAAAGAAUAGCAAUUGCAAGGGCCAUUCUAAAAGAUCCACCGAUUCUUCUUCUUGAUGAAGCGACAAGUGCACUUGAUUCUGAAUCAGAGAAGAUAGUUCAGGAAGCUAUUGACAGAGCUAUGCAAGGGAGGACAGUUAUCUUGAUUGCCCAUCGAAUGUCAACAAUCAUAAAUGCAGACAAAAUUGUUCUUGUGGAGAGUGGAAUAGUAGAACAUUCUGGAACACAUGAAGAAUUACUGGAGAAAAGUGCAUUCUACUCAAGUGUAUGCAGUAUGCAAAAUCUAGAGAAGGAUUCUGGGAGGAGCGAGACAAGAUUUACUGGUCAGGUCAAAGAAGAAAAUGAAGAAGCAGCAGAAUAUGGAACAUACAACACACCAUCUUUCACUUCAAGUGAACAGAAGAAAAAACUAGACCUCACAGAACAACCAAAGCAAGCAAUCAGAAAGAGAACAUCCACUUUCUACAGAAUAUUCCUUGGGACUUUUAAACUGCUCCCAGGGAAGGUUCUGCUGGGCUCCACAGCAGCAGCAAUAUCUGGGAUCUCAAGGCCUAUAUUUGCUUUCUACAUCAUGACAGUUGCCAUGGCAUACCUGGAACCAGACACAAAGAGGACAGUCAGCAAGUACUCGAUAAUUUUGUUCCUUAUCGGGUUGCUCACAUUUUUCAGUAAUAUCUUCCAGCACUAUAUAUAUGGCCUGGUUGGUGAAUGGGCAGCUAAUAACCUAAGGGAGGCCCUCUUUUCAGUCAUUCUUCGGAAUGAAAUAGGUUGGUUUGAACAACCAAAGAACAGCGUCGGCUUUCUAACCUCACGCAUCGUCGGUGACACCUCCAUGAUUAAAACCAUCAUAUCUGAUCGUAUGUCUCUCAUUGUUCAAUGUAUCUCCUCAAUUUUGAUAGCCACAGGAUUGAGCACAGUAGUGAACUGGAGGAUGGGUCUAGUUGCAUGGACUUUGAUGCCAUUCCACUUCAUUGCUGGCCUUGUACAAGUCAGGUCAGCAAAAGGUUUUGCCACUGACUUCACUACAUCUCACAAGAAGCUGAUUUCCCUAACUUCAGAGGCUGUCAGCAACAUUCGAACCGUGGCAUCAUUUGUUCAGGAAGAUGAAAUACUAAGGAAAGCAGAUUUAUCACUCCAAGAACCAAUGCGGAAAAGCAGGAUGGAGAGCAUCAAAUACGGUGCAGUACAAGGGACUGCCCUCUUCUUGUGGCAUACGACACAUGCCAUCGCACUGAGUUUCACCAUUAUGCUACUUGACAAAGACCUAGCAACAUUUAAAAAUUGUGUGAGAUCAUAUCAGGCAUUUGCAAUGACAAUAUCUUCCAUCACAGAGCUAUGGUCCUUGAUCCCUAUGGUCUUGUCAGCCAUUGCAAUAUUGGAUCCUGCGCUUGACAUACUCGACAGAGAAACACAGAUUGUGCCUGAUGUACCAAAAGUGCACUCUGAAGAAAGAUUAGCAGGUGAUGUAGGGUUUCAAGAUAUCAGUUUUAGCUAUCCCUCAAGACCAGAAGUGAUCAUACUAGAUGGCUUCAAUCUAGCUAUUGAACCAGGAGAAAGGGUUGCAUUGGUCGGCUCAAGUGGUUCAGGAAAAUCCACGGUGCUGGCUCUUCUGCUAAGAUUCUAUGAUCCUUGUGAAGGACAAGUACUCGUGGAUGGUAAGGACAUCCGAGACUACAAUUUGAGGUACCUGAGAAAGCACAUCGGACUAGUUCAGCAAGAGCCCAUCUUGUUUAACACGUCUAUACGAGAGAACAUCAGUUAUGGAAAUGAAGAUGUGUCGGAGUCAGAAAUAAUUGAGGCUGCAAUGGAAGCAAACAUCCAUGAAUUCAUCAGUGGCCUGUCAAAUGGGUAUGACACGGUAGUUGGGGACAAAGGAAGCCAGCUUUCUGGAGGUCAGAAGCAGAGGAUUGCCAUUGCAAGAACUAUACUAAAGAGGCCCACCAUACUGCUACUAGAUGAGGCGACAAGUGCUCUAGAUAGUGAAUCUGAGAGGGUGGUGAUGAGUUCCCUUGGCGCAAAAGAGUGGAAAAACAAAGGGGAACAGUCAAGAAAGAUUACAAGUAUCACGAUUGCACAUAGAAUAUCCACAGUUACAAGUGCAGAUGUGAUUGUUGUGAUGGAUAAAGGUCAGGUGGUCGAGAUGGGCAGCCAUGCAUCAUUAUUCUCGGCAAGCAAUGGUGUUUACUCCAAACUGUACCAUAUGCAUAGCAAAGGAGUGAAAGACUGAUAUCAGUAUGUGAAACGCAAAAAAUAAAGCAAAAAUGUUGGGUCAAGAUCUGAAGGAGGAUAGUAGUAUUUGCCAUUUGUACUUUCUUCUUUUCCAGUCUUGAACACCGCUGCGCCGGUACUUCAGACUGCGGGGGGGUGUUGGUGUAUAUGUGAGCCCAUGUAUAGAGGCUCAUAUAGAGGCCCAUGUAUAGAAACUAUAUAUGCCCACCCGUCUAGGAUUUGGAGUAAUACAUCUAUUAUUC